CUCAGACACAACAUCAAUCGCCAACGAGUAUCUCCACUGAAACUUGAAGAUGAGUCGCUUCGCCAGCCUGCUGAUGCUCCUCCUGCUUGGUCUCACUCAGGCUUACCAGGACGAAUUCGUCCCAGAGCAAGAGGAGGAAGACCAAAUUGACAUCUCCGACAAAAUCCUGACCGCCAACAGGGGCUCAGACGAGGUCCUCGUGGAAGGAGAUAUGAUGGUUCCCAAAACCCGGAAUGCCAUUAAGUGCUGGUCCCAGAGCUGCGUGUGGAAGAAAGCCGCCAACGGCUAUGUGACCGUCCCGUACGUCGUGAGCCGUGAAUUCCCCGAAUGGGAGAAGCAAAUGAUCGAGACGGCCAUGAGGUCCUUCCAAGAGAGCACCUGCAUCCGCUUCGUGCCCCGGAGCGACGAGUUCGACUACGUCAGCGUGGAGAACAAAAUCGGUUGCUACUCGGCUCUGGGAAGGCAGGGCGGCAAGCAGGUGGUGUCCAUCAACCGCGGCAGCUGCCUCUACAACGGCAUCAUUCAGCACGAGCUCAACCAUGUUCUGGGCUUCCAACACGAGCAGAACAGGAGCGACCGCGAUCGCCACGUCAGGAUCAACUGGGAGAACAUCAAACCGGCAGCGGCCUUGAACUUCAAAAAGCAGGACACCAACAACCUGAACACCCCGUACGACUACACCUCCAUCAUGCACUACGGAAGAACGGCCUUCAGCAGCAACGGGAAGGACACCAUCACCCCCAUCCCCGACGCCAGCGUCCGGAUUGGCCACAGACCGGGCAUGUCCAAAUGGGACAUCACGAGGAUCAACAUGCUGUACAGCUGUUAAAACAGCAUUUGUGAUCUCUUGAGUGGUCUCACAAUAAAGUCAAUGCAUCGUCA